AUAGUAUAUAUAUAUAGCCGACCAGGAAUUGCCGCAAAGAAGCCCCCACCCACAGUUGUUGUUGCCUGAAAACCGGCUUUUCCUCGAUGGCCAACAGUAAUAAGGGGAGUGCAGCUGCUGGACACGGACACGGACACAGUGCCGGUCCCGGGCCUGGGGCCGGCUCGGGCAUUGGUGGCUCCUCGAAGCUGUCCCUCUGCCUGAUCCACUUCGUCUUGGCCGUCAGCUCAGGACUGGGACUGAAGCACAGCAUUGGCCGCUAUGCCCAGGCCGCCUUUGGCAUUUUCUUUGGCCACAGCCUGCUGUGUCUGCUGCGGCACACACACCCCAAUCCCGGCACAGUGCAGCGCCUCAUCUGCGAAAAAUCGCGCCGCUACGCCUCGGUGCUUUUUAUCACCCUCAUCAUCGGCGAACUGCAGCACCUUAACAGCCGACUGCAGUUGGGUACGAUUGCCGGCGCCGACUGGCAAUGGAUCUCCGUGAUGCUGUGGUCCACCACUCUCACACUGGCCAUCAGCAAUCAGUGCCUUGGCGGCCAUAGCGCCUUGGGGGCAAAGAUCGUGCAGCUGGAUGCCGCCAACCUGGGGCUGUGUGUCGUCUGGAACAUCUACUGUCUGUGGCACAUUGCCAUCGUCGAUGAGUUCUGGUGGUCGCUGGGCCUGGCCCUGCUCGUACUCAUGAAUCACUUUGUCCUGUGGCGCCUGCCGCUGCAGUUCAAGAUCACCCAACUGGAGGUCGGAACGGUGGGCAUGUGCUUCUCCGUCAUCUUUGCCAUCAAUGCCAUUCAGGAGCAAUUGGAUGCCAGCUGAGAGCCACUGCUCUUGCCCCUUUUGAUACCACCUCCCGUGACAUUUAAGGUUUCCGAUUGAUUAGGAUUUCAUCCCAUCCGGAAAGAUGUCUUCAAUGGAGUUUUUGGAACAUUUUCCUGGAGAUCUGCAAAGGCAAAGGCCUUUUCGGUUAAGCUUCUUGUUUCGUAUAAGAUUUAAGUGUUCUUUGUGUUUUAAUAUCGCUUCCAAUUCCAUGCUCUUUGCUGAUCUACUAAUUGAUGUACUAUUGCCUGCACGGGUGUCCCACAGGUUGGCCAAAAAGUAUCUUCCAAUGAUUAUGCAGACGGCCAAAAUCUGGCAGAACAGCUCUGCGAUGCCUCGUCCGACGAACUGUGGCGACGCGCACCAUGGGCUGGGAGUGAGAACCAGCAGGCAGGUCUGAAAGCAGCAACGGUGGUCGUGGGCAUCCUGCCUGGCGGAUGCACAAUGUGGCACUCCACGAGCUGGUUCAAAUUGGCUCUUAUCUUCGUGGAUUCCUUAACUUAAACAGGCCUUAAACUAUUUGUAGUACACGUUUUUAUUGUUAUUGUAAAUCUAUUUAAAUUUAUUUCUAUAAGUGGUGUGUGGGGGGCAUCGGAGCUACUCUGGAAACUCUCAUUCUCCUUGUCUGUGUGUCUAUAUCUAUAUAUAUUUAUAUAUCUUUAUCUGUAUCUGUAUCGGAAUAAAUAGGAGACGGAGGGGCUGGGGCACAAAGAACGCGACAGAGGGGGACUGGACUCGAACUCGGGGACAUCUUAAAGCGAAACUAAAUCCAAGAGGUUAAGGAAAAAAGUAUAACAUUGAAAAAUAAUAAAUCAUAAUUCAUAUUUCUAGUAGAAAAAAA